AUGGCAUUUGCUAUUCUAACACUCGUUAUUGCAUCCUUCUUUAUUUCUCCAGCCAUUUCCGGCAAUUCUCGGGACGGGAUUAAGGCAUGGUGCGCUCAAACCCCAUAUCCAAAGCCUUGUGAGCACUUCAUGGAACAAAACCCUAAAUAUGGAUUUCCUAUCAAGGGAAAGUCCGAUUUCUUCAAGAUGUCUAUGAAAUUAGCCCUAGACCGCGCCAUGAAUGCCCAAGUGAACACGUAUUCUCUUGGCAAAAAAUGUCGUAACGCUAAGGAAAAGGCUGCAUGGGCCGAUUGUCUAGAGUUAUAUGAAAAUACCAUUAUGAAAAUCAACAAGACAGUUGAUCCUAGUACUAAGUGUACUUCGGUCGACAUGCAAACAUGGCUAAGCACGGCCUUAACCAAUCUCGAGACGUGCACAAGAGGGUUUCUUGAUUUCGGGGUCGCCGAUUACGUAUUGCCUUUAAUGUCAAAUAAUGUUACUAAAUUAAUUAGUAACACACUAUAUUUGAACAAAGGGCCAUAUGGGGAGCCAAGUUACAAAGAAGGAUUUCCAACAUGGGUGUCACCCGGUGACCGGAAACUUCUUCAGUCAUCAUCUCCUCAGCCAAAUAUUGUGGUAGCGCAAGAUGGCUCCGGGAACUAUAAGACUGUGAAUGAAGCCAUCACGGCUGCCGGAAAGCGAUCGGGAAGUGGAAGGUACGUGAUACAUGUGAAACAAGGGACUUACAGGGAGAACGUAGAUAUUGGAAAUGGUUUAACGAAUAUUAUGCUGGUGGGGGACGGUAUUGGGAAGACUAUUAUCACAGGGAGCAAGAGCGUCGGAGGAGGCGCCACCACUUUCAAAUCCGCCACAGUUGCUGUUGUUGGAGAUGGAUUUAUUGCUCGGGGCAUAACAUUUAGAAACACUGCCGGACCCGAAAAUCACCAGGCGGUGGCGCUCCGAUCCGGAUCCGACCUCUCAGUAUUUUACCAGUGCAGCUUUGAGGGAUACCAAGAUACUCUCUAUGUCCAUUCGGAGAGACAAUUCUACAGAGAAUGCGAUAUUUAUGGAACGGUAGAUUUCAUUUUCGGCAAUGCAGCUGUUGUGUUGCAAAACUGCAACAUCUAUGCAAGAAGGCCUCCAAACAGGACCAACACUUUAACUGCACAAGGCAGGACAGACCCAAACCAAAACACCGGCAUCUCCAUUCACAACUGUAGGGUUACAGCGGCUUCGGAUUUGAAACCGGUUCAAAGCUCCGUCAGAACAUAUCUGGGUCGACCCUGGCAGGAAUACUCACGUACCGUUUUUAUGAAGACUUUCUUGGAUAGCUUGAUUGACCCGGCGGGUUGGAUGCCUUGGAGUGGAAACUUUGCUUUAGAUACACUGUACUAUGGUGAGUAUAUGAAUACGGGUGCUGGAUCCUCCACAUCCAGGCGGGUUACAUGGAAGGGUUAUCGGGUUAUCACCAGUGCCAGUGAAGCUUCAAGAUUCACACCUGGGAACUUCAUUGCAGCGAAUUCUUGGCUGCCUGGAACCAAUGUGCCUUUUACAUCUGGUCUUUGA